AUAUAUAAAUUGCUCAGCUCAGAGUCUCUGAGAGACCUUUGAGUGUGAAGUCCAAAGCACAAUGGACCCUGUAGUAGUCUAGUUCUUGUUGCUCUGCACUAGUAGACCAAAAUCUCCAUUAAAGACCUCUCUCUCUGUCUUUGCAUUUCACAAAAGAUUAUAACUUUAGUGUGUACACAGAGAGAGCAAUGGAAAUCAACUCAGUUUCCAAGUUGUUCUUUUUAUUUGGUUUAGCGUGGUUCAUUGGUUUCUUCCAGCUGAUUCAGUGUAGUGUGACAUAUGAUAGGAAGGCCAUUAUCAUAAAUGGGCAAAGGAGAAUUCUCUUCUCUGGCUCUAUACAUUACCCCAGAAGCACUCCUGAGAUGUGGGAGGAUCUGAUACAGAAAGCAAAAGAUGGAGGUUUAGAUGUGGUUGAGACCUAUAUUUUUUGGAAUGUUCAUGAGCCUUCUCCUGGCAAUUACAAUUUUGAAGGGAGAUAUGAUUUGGUGAGAUUCAUUAAGACCAUACAGAAAGCUGGGCUUUAUGCUCAUAUCCGCAUUGGACCUUAUGUUUGUGCAGAGUGGAAUUUUGGAGGAUUUCCUGUUUGGCUCAAGUAUGUCCCAGGCAUCAGUUUCAGAACAGACAAUGAGCCUUUCAAGAGGGCAAUGCAAAGGUUCACUGAAAAGAUUGUUGGACUGAUGAAGAGUGAAAAUCUGUUUGAGUCUCAGGGUGGACCCAUCAUACUCUCUCAGAUUGAGAAUGAGUAUGGGGUACAAAGUAAGCUAUUUGGGGCUGCUGGCUACAAUUAUAUGAGUUGGGCAGCAAAAAUGGCUGUUGAUUUGGGAACUGGAGUCCCCUGGGUGAUGUGCAAGGAAGAAGAUGCCCCAGAUCCAGUGAUAAACACAUGCAAUGGUUUUUAUUGUGAUACAUUCUCUCCCAACAAACCUUACAAACCCACAAUAUGGACAGAGGCUUGGAGUGGCUGGUUUACGGAGUUUGGUGGCCCAAUCCACCAGCGACCUGUCGAGGAUUUGGCAUUCGCAGUUGCUCGAUUCAUACAGAAAGGAGGAUCUUUUAUUAACUACUACAUGUACCAUGGAGGGACUAAUUUUGGACGCACAGCUGGGGGCCCUUUCAUCUCAACAAGCUAUGACUACGAUGCUCCAUUAGAUGAAUAUGGUCUGAUUAGGCAACCAAAGUAUGGUCAUCUAAAGGAGCUUCAUAGGGCCAUUAAGAUGUCUGAGCGAGCUUUGGUUUCAUCCGAUCCUAUUGUCACUUCAUUAGGGAGCUUUCAACAGGCUCACGUAUACUCAUCAGAAUCAGGAGAUUGUGCAGCUUUUCUCUCCAACUAUGACACAAAGUCAGCUGCAAGAGUGCUGUUCAAUAACAUGCACUAUAAUUUGCCUCCUUGGUCCAUCAGCAUCCUUCCUGAUUGCAGAAAUGUAGUCUUUAAUACUGCAAAGGUUGGAGUUCAAACAACACAAAUGGAAAUGUUGCCAACAAAUGCUGAUAUGCUCUCAUGGGAAAGCUAUGAUGAAGACAUUACUUCUCUGGAUGACAGUUCAACAAUCACUGCUCCUGGUCUCUUGGAACAGAUAAAUGUCACAAGGGACACUAGCGACUACCUGUGGUACAUAACUAGUGUUGAAAUUGGCCAAUCUGAAUCCUUCCUGCGUGGAGGUGAACUCCCAACUCUCAUUGUUCAAUCAACAGGCCAUGCUGUGCAUGUCUUUAUUAAUGGACAGCUUUCAGGCUCUGCAUUUGGGACAAGGGAGAAUAGGAGAUUCACUUAUAUUGGCAAGGUCAAUCUGCAGGCUGGAACAAACAGAAUUGCACUACUGAGCGUUGCUGUUGGUUUGCCGAAUGUGGGUGGCCACUUUGAGACCUGGAACACAGGAAUCCUUGGACCAGUUGCACUGCAUGGACUUGACCAGGGAAAGUGGGACUUGUCCUGGCAGAAAUGGACCUACCAGGUAGGUCUAAAAGGAGAAGCCAUGAACCUUGUUUCUACAAAUGGUUUUUCAUCUGUUGAAUGGAUUCAGGGAUCAUUAGCCGCACAGAAGCAACAGCCAUUGACCUGGCAUAAGGCAUAUUUCGAUGCACCUGAAGGAGAUGAACCCCUGGCCUUGGACAUGGAGGGUAUGGGGAAAGGUCAAAUAUGGAUUAAUGGGCAGAGCAUUGGGAGAUACUGGACUGCAUAUGCUAGUGGUAACUGCAACGGGUGCAAUUAUGCUGGAGGGUAUCGACCUCCAAAGUGUCAGCUUGGUUGUGGCCAACCCACCCAGAAAUGGUACCAUGUGCCUAGGUCUUGGUUGAAGCCAACACAAAAUCUUUUGGUGAUCUUUGAGGAACUUGGGGGAGAUCCCUCAGGGAUUUCUCUCGUGAAGAGAUCGGUAACCAGUGUUUGUGCUGAUGUCUCUGAGUACCACCCAACCAUUAAGAACUGGCACAUCGAAAGCUAUGGAAAAUCAGAAGAGCUCCACAGACCUAAGGUUCACCUGCGAUGUAGUCAGGGGCAGACCAUAUCUUCCAUUAAAUUUGCCAGCUUUGGAACUCCUUUAGGAACUUGUGGGACUUACCAGCAAGGAACAUGCCAUGCCUCUACCUCAUACGAUAUCUUGGAGAAGAAGUGUAUAGGGAAGCAGAGAUGUGCGGUCACCAUAUCCAACAGCAACUUUGGGAAAGAUCCAUGCCCAAAUGUGUUGAAGAGGUUAUCAGUGGAAGCUAUUUGUGCUUCUAACCCAACUACAAAUUGGGGCGGUUAAUUAGGUAAAAAGAAGACUACUAGUGCUCAUAAAAGGAGCUAUCUUGUGACUUUUAACUAUAUACUACCAGCAAGAGAAGCAAUCAAGGAAAGAAGAAUAAAAGAAGUAUAGGAAAAAGUUUUCUAGUUUGUUAGGUUGAGUGCAUAGGUUUUGUCAGAUGGUUAGUACCUCUGGCCAAAGAAGUGUUUGCAGCCGUAAGGCAAUUGGUUCUUAAUUUAAGUUGGGUAAUGGACUAAUGUAAUAUAGUGAUUGUUAGGUAGGUCAGUUUGUGAAUUCCCGGGGUCCUAUAAUUUGGGGCCUUAGGUGAAUUUCGAGCCCCAGUCCCCGACCUUUUAACCGGAAAUGGGCACUGGGAAAAGAGGUGAUUUCUGUUAGUGUGAUUUAUUUAUAUUUAUGUUUGUAUCACUGGGGAAAAAUCCAACCCAGUUUGAGUUAGGUUCAUGUUGGGAGCGGAUCCUACUAUGACCAUUGUUUUAUGUGCAGUUACUCAAUUUGAAGUCCAUUUCAUUUUACUUCCAA